UGUGAAGAAAAUUACCAUUUAUGGUCCCUAUCAACUAUCUAUGCAAAUACAACAAUUUGAAUUGAGCAAGAUGGAUACAGAUUUUUUAGGAGCCAUCAGGGAUGAGAUUGCAUUGGAAGGUUUGGAUGGAAUAAGUAUUGAGUCCCUAUGGGUGAGAUUAUCCAGGAGACAGAACUUCUCCAUCAAACUGACAGACAAGUCGAAGGCAUACCUAUGGCGGUGUCUUGUCACAUUGCAUGGCUUAGAAUAUUAUGAAAUCCCUGAGCCACGGCCUCCACUAGUUAUUUACAAUAGCUUGGAGUCCUUUGAUCCUGAUUCUGGACGACUGAUAGAAUUGGAACAAGUUCCAGAAGAUAUCUACCCUAUCGACAUCAUAGGUCAAGAUGGUGUUUAUGGAUCAUGCUCGACAUUUGACACACGCACAAAUAUAACAACUUUGGUGAAAGCAGACGAGAAAAGAUCUGCUGUAACAUUGGAGGAGGCCAGAAAUAAAUGGGGUGAGAAACUGGUGAUUGUAGCUUCCCAGGAGCUGCGAGAGAAUGCAAUAUGUGGACCACUGUAUGAUCCCAGUCACAACUGGUCCAACAUGCUUCAUGCUUACUGUAUUCUUGAGAGGAUUGGAAGGUCACGAUUCAAUGGCUGUAUGUCUGUUGGUCCACUCAGCUUACAGAUCUUUAACAUGCCGCCCAAAACCAUAUUCUACCACACGAAAAAUCUGGUCAAAUUAGGUCUGAUAAAAAAACAGAGUUUGACAGUCGUUGAUGUAAAACACAAGCAGCAGAUUCGACGAAUUUUCCACUUGGAACGGUUUUAUAAAGAGAUUCGGUCCAAGUACAGUAUACUGUUGCUGCAGGCUUGCAACUACCUGUCUGGUCGUCCUAAUCACCGAGAUGUUGCUGGUACUGUACGUGAACGCCUGGAAGUGGAUGCAACCUUAUUUAAAAAGUUAUACAACAGCUAUCCAAAUUUCUUGCGUGCUGACAAGUUUCCUUAUCGAGAAGUUUAUCCCGAGGCUACAGAGGAAGAGUAUAUGUGCAAAAAUGGACUUUCUGAGAAGAUGAUUCAUACAAUCACCAUGAUUCAGCAUCCUUCGGUGAAGAAGGAGGAUAGUGAGGAGGAAGGCGGUGAUGAGGAAGAGGAAGAUGGAGCAGAAACAACAGGAAAUGGCCUGUCUGGUGAAGGAAAAGCAGGCAAAUUUGAGUGGGUGUAUGAGAGGACAACCUUACGUCAGUGUUAUGACGCAAUAAAGAAUGUAGGUCCCGAGGGACUGACUCAGACAUCACUCACAAAGAUGCUUAACAUUCGUGAGACCAUGUCACGUGUCCUUAUUAAAAACAUGGUUCGUAUGAACAUGGUGGACCAAAUCCUGAAGGAGAAGGGCAAGCAGAAAGUCAGAUAUUACAUUGCUAAAGAACACCGACUUCAGAGUAAGUUGUAUCAGGAAUUUGUGGAAGAAAAGGAGAAACUUUUCCAGAAAGAAGACCUAUCCUCAGGAAGCGCUGCUCCUCAUUUGGGUUCAGGAAUGUCCAUGUCAGGAGAUAUAACUCAUGGUAACAUGAAUGAGACAGAAGUUACCCUGAACAUAUCUGUUGAUUCUGAUGUCAACAAUCCAGAAAAUGCAGGGGAGAAGAGUGAGACUACUAUCAUUCGAAGUUGUGAAGACUUGCUGGCAGUGAAUGAAGUCAAAGAAGGAGUGAAAAAAACAGUCCGGUUCAAAAAUAGAAGGAAAGUGAUGAAAGACAGCAGGUCAAAUCUUGAAAGUACACUGACAAGUCGUCAUCUGAAGCGAAUGUCUAUGAUACUUGAAGCUGUGGAGAAGGACAAGGUGCUAGAAAAAACAUAUACAUUCAUCAAGAUGAUUCGAGAACGGGAAAAAAGUGAAGGCCUCGAUUACAUUAUUGACAAGAAGACUUUUGACAAACUUGCAAUUUUGUUGGUGAAAGAAAAGAAAAUUAGAAUCUUCAAAACUACAAUCCCAGGCGGCAAUAAUGAACAGCCAAAGGAGGUCCAACUACUAUGUGCUAAACACAUCCAGCCAACAGAUGCAUUAAUCAAAAGCAAGCUGGAACAACUUCAUUUGAGGUCUCGGUGUGUACCGAAGGAACAUCUGCUUAAAAGUGCAAAGAAAAGUCCUGUAAAACAACAGAAGUUCACGGACUUGCCUGAGAGUACCCAAGAGAACCUACGGAAGCUUCAGGAGUACAAAAUGAAGAUAAAAUCUUUUGACAUGGUGUAUGAUCCCAUUGCACCAAAGCAGUAUGGUUACCUACCUAAGAUGAGAAGGAUUCGUAUGACUCACAACAUUCUGUGGUACCUUUGUUAUGACUACAGAGGACGUGUGAUCCCAGAACACCCUUCAGUUGAUCGGUCAGGAACCAACACCGCUGAAUCUGAGGCUGGGAGGGGAUGGUCUGAUGCCCUCAGUACCUCUCAUUCAACUGAAUUAUCAAGUAGUGACUUCAACCGAAAGUCAGGAAAAAAAGGGACAGAAGCGUUUGGAAAAUCUAAUGAUGCAGAUAUUUUAGAACAAAUAAGGAAUUUGAAGGAGCCACCUUUGUACUGUGAUGAGAUGACCUGGAGGCGCUACCUUCCACCACUACCAAAACACAAAGAUCAUCCGAACGGCUGGUGUCUUAUCUCGGAUGUUCUUGUCACUCUGCCUGUUUGUCUCUUCUGUUCCAUUGUACCGGUCAACUAUAAUCUGCAAGGCCUGAAGGAGAUCCUAGAUGACCCAGUAAAGUCUCUGUACCCGAUAGUUUACCUCCCUUACCGACUCACACAGCAGUUACUUUACGCCCGCAAGUACAUCUUUUCCUUCCAUGAGAGCUGUGAAAGGAUGGCCUAUAUGGGGCUGCUUGCAUUUGGAACCCGACUUUUAAAGGAGAAGGACCAGGUCUUUGUUUACCUAUACAAGCAUGUCUGUCUGAUGGACACUACACACUCCCUGGAAGGCUACUGUAAGAUUACGAUGCCACCAGGAAUAGAGUGUGAUAAACGUAUAUAUGAUCUCUCCAGCCAACUGAAGUUUGACCAUUACUGGACAGAGCUACAGGAAAUAUGCUUUGCUAGCCACCUCAAUGUCCGGAAGAUGAAGAACAAAGAAAAGGAGUUGCGUGAGGAUCCACCAGUAGAGAUGUCCUUAACUGAUGCCCUUAAACCAGUCAGUCCUGACGAGCUUGUAGAUGACUCAGAUCACUGUCGUCUCCCUGGUGACCAGCUCGGGGCAGCUGGCAUUGAUUCCUCAUUCUACAUACAUUUGUGCCGUAGCUGGGACUGGAGCAUCAGAAACAUGAAGAAGAACUAUCCCAACUACAGUCACAUGGGGCCACUUGACCUAAAGCCUGAGAGUCUGUGGACAUCCCUUACAAAGUCAUCCCCAAAGUCCACUGACAAGUACCUAAAGGUCACAAAACCAAACCGUCUGCCACGCAUCCUCCCUAAGGAAAGACUUAUGCUGACUGACACAGGGACAGGUAAAGGCCCUGAGGUUGUCAAGGUGACAACAACCAAAACCAAGGGCAACAAAGGUGGCAAGGGUGUGAAACGCAAGAAAAAGAUGUCAGAUAUGGCUCCAAAAAAGAAAAAGAAGGCUGAAGUCCCUGAUACAUCAGAUACUCCAAAGAAGAAAAAAAUAUUCCGAGAUGAUAUAGACCUUGUAGCAGAGAAGAUGAGGACUGGGCAGCGAGUGUCCUGGUCAGCUAAGGAGGACAGCAUUUUACUCACCGGUAAAAUCGCCAGCACCAUUCUGGCCAUGAACUCUCAGAAAGACAACCGCUCGGUGCCAGUACCGUUUUCUGAAAUACGAAAUGUUCUCCACAAAUACUGUAAAGAGAAAUCCAAGGACAAAUCCACAGAAGCCUGUAAGAGACGUAUCCACUUCAUACUGAAGAACCCACGCACAGAACACAAUGUUUCUGUAUUUCUGUCAGAGGCGCUUCAGGACCCUAAAAUUGACAAAGAAUAUGCCCAUAAGAAGGUAACCUGGAUGGCAGAGGAUACAAUCAAGGAAUUCAGGAACCUGUUUGAGCUGCUCAUCAAGAAAUUCUCGACUGUUGACUUGAAGCAGAGUUACCUCCCUUCCCACCUGUCCGAGCUCCCUGAUUUCAAUAUCAAGAUAGUGAAGAAAAUAAGUCUGGAUGCAGUUUCUCACAAAGACGUCCAGUCCACUGCUGACAUGUACAUUGCUGUCCUUAGAAAUAUUAUCCAGACAUAUGCUUCUUUAGAGGACAAACAGGGUCGUGUGUACGAGUGUUUCAAGUUGUUGAAUCAGUACCCUCGUGACUGUAUCAUAUCAGCUACAGCUCAACUACGAAGCAACAAGAUCAUCAACCGUAUAAAAGCGCAUGAACAUAAAAAACAGAGAAUUCCCUCGACUCUGCAGAACUACAAGAUCUCCCAGAAAUACUGGUAUGGCUACCUGUCAAGGUUUCCUGCAUCUUUGUUUGAAGACAGCGUCGAGUGUCUCCACUUGUUUGAAAAGACUUUCCUUGACCCCACACAGCACAUGACUUUCAACAACAUUACACAAGGUGGUUACUGUGCUUCGAUCAUAGCCAUGAUGUCUAUAGGUGUGGUGUCUUUUCACAGUCAGAUCCCACGCGAUAUGAUCAUACUGGACCCUUGCAAUGAGCUUGCGUGUAGGGGCUUGAGUGAUCCUAGGGUUGAGCCCAAUAAAGGAGCUGCAAAGAAAGAUCAAGGGUCCAGUUCAGCUACGAAGGAGCCAGCUGGAGCCACAAAGGACACUACAGGUCCAGUCCCAAUGGAUAUAGAUGAUGCAGUUUCGUUACCUGACCAACGGUCUACAACAUCUGGCAGUAUCACUGCCAGCACAGCUUUAACACCAGGAUCCAAAUUUUUGACGUCGUCAGACAUGGGAAAUGAAACUGCUGCUCAGAAUGAACCACACUGGACUCAUGGUGAGCUGAUGAAGGUGACAGUCAGCCCUACAAGUUGUUUGGAGAUGGAGGACUUGCCGCGUCAACUUAGCUUUCCUGGUUUGGUGGGGAAACCCCAAAUGACGCCAUCAAGGUCAUUGAUCACAAUACGAAGGUCAUGUGCAGAGGAUGCACAAAAUUUGAAACAUUUCAAGUUUCAGGACAAUUUUGUAAUUUCCAGUUGUAAUAUCAGAAUGAAAAUAAAAGAAAACGUUGAAAGUUCUAGCGGAGAAAAGCAAGAGGAGAGAACUGUGGCAGACAUCAUGAAGGAUGUCUUGAUGAGUCCAGUUGAGAUGAAGGCAAUUGUACAGAAGCUGACAAGAACCUUACCUUUUGAGCUUGAUAUGGAUGUUGUAUGGGAAAGCAUAGCGCCUCCCUUAUUGGCUCACUGCCAACAGCUGUACAAUGUGAUUGACAAUCACGGGAGUCUUGGGAUAUCAAAAUUUGAUUUGCAGGACUUCAUCCCACCAGAGGAAUGGUACUUACCAUGUUUGAACUUGCUGGAUGAGAAGUUUGCCUUUUUAGACUUUGGUUAUAAGGCCUGGGUUUUAGACUUUGGUUAUAAGGCCUUGGUUUUAGACUUUGGUAAUGAGGCCUUGGUUUUAGACUUUGGUUAUAAGGCCUGGGUUUUAGACUUUGGUAAUGAAGCCUUGGUUUUAGACUUUGGUUAUGAUGCCUUGGUUUUAGACUUUGGUAAUGAAGCCUUGGUUUUAGACUUUGGUAAUGAGGUCUGGGUUUUAGAUUUUGGUAAUGAAGCCUGGGUUUUAGACUUUGGUUAUGAUGCCUUGGUUUUAGACUUUGGUAAUGAAGCCUUGGUUUUAGACUUUGGUAAUGAAGCCUUGGUUUUAGACUUUGGUUAUGAUGCCUUGGUUUUAGACUUUGGUAAUGAAGCCUUGGUUUUAGACUUUGGUAAUGAAGCCUGGGUUUUAGACUUUGGUUAUAAGGCCUUGGUUUUAGACUUUGGUAAUGAAGCCUUGGUUUUAGACUUUGGUAAUGAAGCCUGGGUUUUAGACUUUGGUAAUGAAGCCUGGGUUUUAGACUUUGACUUUGGUAAUGAAGCCUUGGUUUUAGACUUUGGUAAUGAAGCCUUGGUUUUAGACUUUGGUAAUGAAGCCUUGGUUUUAGACUUUGGUAAUGAAGCCUGGGUUUUAGACUUUGGUAAUGAAGCCUGGGUUUUAGACUUUGACUUUGGUAAUGAAGCCUUGGUUUUAGACUUUGGUAAUGAAGCCUGGGUUUUAGACUUUGGUAAUGAAGUCUGGGUUUUAGACUUUGGUAAUGAAGCCUGGGUUUUAGACUUUGGUAAUGAGGCCUUGGUUUUAGACUUUGGUAAUGAGGCCUUGGUUUUAGACUUUGGUAAUGAAGCCUGGGUUUUAGAUUUUGACUUUGGUAAUGAAGCCUGGGUUUUAGACUUUGGUAAUGAGGCCUUGGUUUUAGACUUUGGUAAUGAGGCCUUGGUUUUAGAUUUUGGUAAUGAAGCCUUGGUUUUAGACUUUGGUAAUGAAGCCUUGGUUUUAGACUUUGGUAAUGAAGCCUUGGUUUUAAAUUUUGGUAAUGAAGCCUUGGUUUUAGACUUUGGUAAUGAAGCCUUGGUUUUAAAGUUUGGUAAUGAAGCCUUGGUUUUAGACUUUGGUAAUGAAGCCUGGGUUUUAAAUUUUGGUAAUGAAGCCUUGGUUUUAGACUUUGGUAAUGAAGCCUGGGUUUUAGACUUUGGUUAUGAGGCCUAG